UUGAAAACACGAAACAAAUGUGAGGCUUUUAUCAUCAAGAAACCUCUUAAAAAAACCCAAUUUUUCACACUUUUUCACCAAGGAUACCCACAAUAUGAACAAGAAGGAUACUAGAGAUCCUUACGCAGCUAUCUGUCUGAGCCGAUUGACCAGACUUCUUGAUCUAGACAUAUUAGAAGACUUACAAGAACUGGAAGAUAGUGGGAAUGUCAUGAAAAAUUUGGAGUUGGAAAACCAAGAGAAGCAAAACCGUAGUUUUAUCGCUAAAUCUACUGAGAAAAUAAACAGAAUUAUUAGUCGAAAAGGUCACCAUCACAAUGUAUUUGGUCAUCAACUCAAUGACGAGGCAGUUCAUAGAAUCUUGCCCCUUAUCGAUUAUCUAAAGUCUUGCAUCAAUGUAGAAGGCAUAUUUCGUGUCCCAGGAAGCAAGAAAAGACAAGAAGAGCUCAAAGAGUUCAUUGAUAAAGAUAAUCUUGCUGUAAAGUUGACCAGUGGGAAGUUCACUCCACAUGAUGUGGCUUGCGUAUUGAAGCAGUUCUUAGCCGAGAUGCCAGAACCUCUUCUGACUCAUGCUCCACACGAGGCAUAUGUAAAGGUCACAGAAAUCAAUAAUGAUCAAGACAAUUCCAAGCACAAAGAGGCUCUUCAGUUGCUGUUUCUUAUGAUACCGCCAGAGAACAGAGCUAUUCUUUACCACUUACUAGAUUUACUAAAUAGAAUAAGCAGCAACAUAGAGAGCAAAAUGACUCCACACAACUUGGCUGUAGUCUUCUGUCCAACUAUCCUGUACACUAAAAGGAUUAAGGUGUCUUGCUUGAGCCAAUACCCUGAAGAUUUAGAUGCUAUGAAUGAAACUGUAGCGUUUAUGGUUACUCAUGGAACAGAACUAUUUAAGAUUCCAGAAAUAGUGAAGAAAGAAAUAAAAGCAAUGAAGAAAAACAUAGUCAAAGGAACGGAUGAAGAGGUUCCUAUGUCCCACACUUUUUGCCAACAAAUGGACAACAAGAAACACAGACAGACAGUCCAAGACACAACAUCAGAAGCACUUGUCAGCUUAUACAACCAUAUGAUGGACAUGCCAGAUGGACCAGUAAAACAGAAGUUUUUAGAAAGGUUUGAAAAAGUUCAUCCUGGUACUCCUCCAUUUAUGCCAAAGUCAAGAAACAGGGACAAACCAAGUCGGUUAACCUCAUCAACUCCCAUCGCGUCAACAUAUUCACCAGGAUCCCUCGCGCGAUAUCCAUUAUCCCCCAUCAACAUGGACAGUACUACUAACUCCUCAAGACACGACAUUUCAUCUUGUAAAAAGGUUGCCUUCAAAUCACCAGAACCCCCAUCUACCGCCCAAAAGAUGGCCUUCAAUAGAUUCGCGCCUUAUAGAAAAGAAAUGAAGACACCAUCAGGGUUGAUCUCGCCUUGCAAGACACCACAAACCUUUGGUAAGAAGUCCAGGCACCGGCGAACAAGCUCUGCUGGAAGCGUUAGUGAUUUUUCUCCAUUUCGUCGUAAGAGAACGCGCACCGGCCACGUGCAAAACCCACUACAGACACCAUCUGGACGUAUUGCUACCCCACAAGCCAUGGAUACACCCAGUGAAUCUAUUAUUAAACUGUAUGGGACUCCGACUAUCAGGAAGAGGAUCACUAGUACUGAUUACUUGGGAGAUGAUGACUGAACGACUGUCAAGAGAUUAAAGCUCAGCAGUCAGGACGAACUGUAAAUAGCCCAUUCGCUCUCUUUACAUUCUUUCAUUAUUAAUAGAAAAACAAAUGUUACAAGCCAUGUAAAUAGUAAAACGGCGACAACAGAAGUUAAAUUAAGUUAGUUUUAAUUAAGAACUAUUAUUUAGUAGAAAGUUAAAAAACAGUACAAUCAACAGGAAAAAAAACUUCAGUUUUAAAGUAAAUCAAGCUUAGUUGCGAGGUUCUUCUUUCUGUAUGAUAUACAAAGAUAUGUGAUAUUAAACAAAGUUGAAUUACAAAUAAAAUGUCUUAGGCCUAAAAAUAAUCUAUAGCCUGGGUUAAGAGAAAUAAAACCGGCUGAAUUCAUGUUAGGACUGCUAGGACUAUCUAAAAACAUUCUUUUGUCUUUGCCAAAAUCAAUUUUCACCCUAACAUUUUUUGACUGAAGUUUUCGCGGAGUAUAUUUUACCUUCAAAAUUUAAAUAUACGUUUAAAAAGUUCUCACAAACGCAGUGACGUAGCGAGGAAGAGGCGACCCCUAAAACGUUAUACUCAACUACGUUUGUCGUGUGUAUUGGCGGGAAAAUGUCACCUAAUUAUAAUGAUCGAGACCUCUCUACGCCCCAGCACCUACAAAAUUCUUUGCAAAUAUCUAGCUGUAUAUUAUAAGAAUAUUAAUUACUGAUUUACAACUCUUUCUGAAUUAAUAGAAGAAAUUAUCUCUAAUGCUUGUGUAGAUUUUCAAUUCUUUAUAUCCAUUUGUUUCAGUUAAUGUGAAAAAAAAUUUUCUAUUAAGAAUCUGUGUUUUCA